AUGAUAUUACAAAGUUUAUUUAUUACAAUUUUAAUAUCAAUAAUAAAUGCACAAUAUCCAGUACCUAUACCACCAGGUGGUCGAAUGGCAGUACAUGGUUGGCUUAUUUUACCUUGGGAUACAAAUGUAACGGAUGGUCCUAUUCAAGGAUGGUUUUCUCAUCAUGUUCCAGAAUUUUGGACUGAUUCUCCUCAUAAUUUUCAAAUAAUUCUUAACGGUUUAUUAACUCCAUUAUCUUGUUUCAAUACCGAAUCAACUCCUAAACCUAUACCAAUUCCAUAUCCUCCGCAAGAUAAUCUAAUUCAAUAUGAAUAUACAAUAACACCUCCUCCACAAUUUUCAUUAAAUGAUCUUUUAUUAGAACGAUUAACUGAAUUAAAAGGUGUUAUUUACAAUGGUUCAUUUGAUACAUCUUAUCAACGCAUUCCAUUAGCUUUAGGUACAUUAACUGUUCGAGAAUUAACAACAGCUGUUUAUUUAAAUGAAUCAAAAGUAAUUCCAUCAUAUCCCGAAUUACGUUAUCUUUCUUAUCCACGUGAUAUGUCACCUUCAGCUGAUACAAAACCAUUUCAACAUAUGUAUUUUGCACAUGAAAUUCAUUCCGUACCUGAUUUUGAUCAUAUUAUUCACGGAAGUAUUGAUAUAGCAAAAUGUCAUUGUGAUAUAAACUUUCCUCUUCUAUGUAAUACUAAAAGACUUUUACAAGAAAUUCGUACACCUGGUAUUGAAUGGGCAUUUCCAACUCUAACAAAUGAUUUAGAAAAUCGUUUACUACCACCAAUGGUUAUCAAAGGUCGAGUAACUAGUGGACCUGUUCUUUGUCCAAUAACUAUUCUCGAAUCAAUACAUUGUACGAUUGGACCAGAUUUUAAUAAAAAUUGUUAG